AGAGAUGGGGACCGAGCCCACAGAGCAGGUUUUUUGGGGUUCCUACUCUGGGGAUGAUGAGGAGGCAUACUCAGCUGAGCCACUGCCUGAGCUCUGCUACAAGGCUGAUGUCCAGGCCUUCAGCCGGGCCUUCCAACCUAGUGUCUCCCUGAUCGUGGCUGUACUGGGUCUGGCCGGCAAUGGCCUAGUCCUGGCCACCCACCUGGCAGCUCGACGUGCACGUUCGCCCACCUCUGCCCACCUGCUCCAGCUGGCCCUGGCUGACCUCCUACUAGCACUGACCCUGCCCUUUGCAGCAGCAGGGGCUCUUCAAGGCUGGAGUCUGGGAAGUGCCACCUGCCGGGCCAUCUCCAGCCUCUACUCAGCCUCCUUCCACGCCGGCUUCCUCUUUCUGGCCUGUAUCAGCGCCGACCGCUACGUGGCUAUCGUCCGAGCGCUCCCAGCAGGCCCAAGGCCCUCCACGCCCGGGCGUGCACACUUGGUCUCGGUGAUCGUGUGGCUGUUGUCGCUGCUCCUGGCGCUGCCCGCGCUCCUCUUCAGUCGGGACGGGCAGAGGGAUGGCCAGAGACGCUGUCGCCUCGUCUUCCCCGAGGGCCUCACGCAGACUGUGAAGGGGACGAGCGCUGUGGCACAAGUGGUCCUGGGCUUCGCGCUGCCGUUGGGCGUCAUGGCAGCCUGCUACGCGCUCUUGGGCCGCACGCUGUUGGCCGCCAGGGGGCCCGAGCGCCGGCGUGCGCUGCGCGUCGUGGUGGCCCUGGUGGCAGCCUUCGUGGUACUGCAACUGCCCUACAGCCUCGCCCUGCUGCUGGAUACCGCGGAUCUACUGGCUGCCCGCGAGCGCAGCUGCCCUGCCAGCAAGCGCAAGGAUCUGGCACUGCUGGUGACCAGCGGCUUGGCCCUAGCCCGCUGCGGCCUCAAUCCCGUGCUCUACGCCUUUCUGGGCCUGCGCUUCCGCCAAGACCUGCGGAGACUGCUACGGGAUGGGGGCUGCAGCUCAGGGCCUCAUCCCCGUGGCGGCUGCCCCCGCCGGCCCCGCCUUUCUUCCUGCUCAGCUCCCACUGAGACUCACAGUCUUUCCUGGGACAACUAGGGCUGCCAAUCUAGAGGAGGGGGCGUGGUGAGGAAAUGAUUUCGGGAGGAUAGUGGAGAAGGAGAAUGGGGGGUGAGGGCGGGGGAAACUGAGAAAGGUAGGGACCUAAAGGAAUUGCUUCUGUGCCUUGCCACAUUAAAUUGAUAACAUGGAA